GGUCGUCGGCCCCGGAGCGCUGCGCCUGCAGGCCGGCGGAGGCGCGCCGCUGCGCGCCGCCGGGCCCGCCGGCGCGGCCGCGGUGCCAAGCGCCGGCUUGCCCGUGGCGGCGGGGGCGGGCCAGCCGAGAAGUGGAGCAGCUCUGCCAGCAGCUCCUGGCGGAGAUCCAGAAGGCGCCGCCCCAGCAGAAGCAGGCGCUCGCGCGGGCCGCGGGCGCCAAGCUCGGGCACCUGGCCCCCGACCUCAAGGGCCGCCUCGUCGAGGGCCUCGGGGUCGCACCCGGCGCCGGAGGCCCUGCCGGCCCCGCGCAGGUGGAGGUCCAGACGGCCUGCACGGUCAUGAGCAUGAGCCUCGGGAAGGUCUGCAGCGCCCUGGUGGCGCUGCUGCCCAAGGCCCGCCAGGCGCGGGGCUGCAGGAGCUUCGACGUCCACAGGGUCGGCGGACUUCACGACUGGAAGCAGGAGCAUGAGGAGCAGGGAGGCAUCACGUUUAUGAUGCGAUCUGUUUGGGCGUCGAAACAGUCGUACGAGGAAUACCAGAAGUCUGCGCCGGCUGAGGAGUACCAGAAGGUUAUAUCGGAGGAUUCGGAAGUGGUCAUGCUAAAGAUGGAAGAGAGCGUCUCCUAUGGUGGCCCUAUCGCUGUCGCAGACAUCGAGACCAUAAAGAAGCUCGCUGCGGCAGAGGCUUGAUGCGGUGGCAGGCAAGUAUGAUAUGAUGGCAGUCCUCCGGGCAUCCAGAGAAGGAGGAAACAGAUGACGUUGAGGGGCGCGUAAUUGGGGGCGACGGCUUGAUUGGGCAGCGAGGGUUGCAAAAAGGAGCCCUUUAGGGCCCAAGAGUGGGCCUCUAUAGGUUCGUUCGGUCCGGCGCGCCGCCGCGCCGCGCUCCACAUGGGGGCGAGCGGCGGCCGCACCGCCCAGGGGCGGACUGGCGCGCGGCGGUCGCAGCGCCGAGGGGCGGGCAGCAAGGGGGGGCGGUGUCGGAGAGGACAUCCGUCCGCGGGAGCCGUGCCGUUUUUUGUAGCCGCGCUGGCGAAGACAUGGAGGCGCCAAGGGGGGAGAUCAGCAAUCCGCCCGGCGGGGCAGCAUUCUUCCACCUCCUCCACCUCCUUUUCCUCCUCCUCCUCCUUCUCCUCCUCCUCAUCGUCCUCC